UUCUCAGACCCUGAACCACUGUAGGCAGAACAGGAGGUGGCAAGGAGUGGUUCCAGUGGGGCGGUGGGGACCACCCCCUGGAGAACUGUAUUUGCAGCUGUCGAAGAGUAGCCAACAAGCACCAGAUUUAUAAGCACUUUGAAAGAAGCCCCUUAACCAUUGGCUUUUUGAGCGGAGCUGUCGCUAGGGAGCAGCGGGCAGGGAGAGCACAAGCUGGGGAUAAGCCCAGGUUGUUUGUUGUUGUAACCUGGGAGAGGGACACAUGCACUCUACACUCGUACACACGCUCCAGGGAGUUGAAUUGGAGCCCCGAGGGCCCUAUCCUCAGAGGGCGCCCCCAGGUGCCGCUCUGGGCGGAGCAGCAGCUCCCGGCUAGCCUCCCAAGCCAGGAUCCAUGCUGCUGCCGCCCAGAGGAGCAAGGCACUGAGGCUCUAAUUCCCCAGCGCCUGCUCCAGAGCCAGCGCUGAGGGAGGGAGAGCAGUGGGGGCGGGUGCAGCAGGAGAGCGCGAUGAAUGAGUUCCCCCCACGUCUCCGAGUUGUCUGAGUUGGCGGUGCCGGUGCUGUGCGGGGUUUCCGGCUCUCAAAGCUCCACGCUUGCCACUCCGGUGGCUGCAGCCCACGCCCACGGCCCUGGCCGAGCCUCCAGGCUUGGGGAGCCCAGGCUUGCUAGCUCCUGUCCCCGCCCCAGUCCUGGGAGAAGGUGGGUGGGCCCCCAGCAGAGGCGCGUUCUGCCGGCACUCAGCUCCCGGCCCCUGCUGUUCUCCAUGGCGUCGUAUCAGCAGUCCCGGAUCCAGGCUUACCUGGAGAAGAACAAGAUCGGUCCCCUGUUUGAGGAACUGAUGACCAAAUUGAUAACUGAGACACCUGACCAGCCAAUCCCGUUUCUCAUUGACCAUCUCCAGUCCAAACAAGGAAACCGUGGGCAGCUUCAGAGAACUUUAUCUGGAUCUGCAGCUCUCUGGGCAGAGAGUGAACCAUCAGAACAUAAAGGAGCAAGAAGGGAUUUCAGAAGCUAUGACAAGCCUUGGCAAUUAAAUGCAAAGAAGCCGAAAAAGUCAAAAAGUGACCUUGCUGUGUCUAACAUUUCUCCACCAUCACCAGAAUCCAAAUCAUCACCAAGGUCAGUAUAUCAUCCUAAGUGGAACUGGCGAGCUAAACCAGAAAGCCGUGAUUUUGAUGAAUUGAACCACAUCCUUCAAGAGAGCAAGAAGCUGGGAAAAGCCCUUGAGAAGCUCUCUCGAAGUAUUGCAAUUUCAGAUGAACUCGAUAAGGAAACAAUGGCCUUUAACUCCUCUCUCCUGAGACCCUGUGUGAUUGGGGAAUGGAUUGGUCGAGAAGAGAAUGAUGCCGAUCCGUUAGCGGCCGAAAUGCUGCAGCCCCCAAUUCCAAGAAGUAAAAAUGAACAAUGGGAGAGUGAAGACAGCAGCUGUAGCCCUGCAGGAAGUUUAAAGGUGGAACCCAAGACCAAAGGAUUGAAACAACAGCAACAGCAACAUAAGAAGCUGCUGGCAGCAAUGCUCUCUCAAGAUUCUUUUGAGUCUAUUCACAGCCCUACCCAUUCUGUAACAGAAGAAGAUAUUGAUAAUGAAGAUGAUGCAAUGGAAUUGCUGGAGGAUCUUGAUGAUUUAAGAAUGGAGGGAGUAACUACUCUGGUACCUUCUGGGAGCAAAUUUAACCAAGGUCGUGCUACUCACCCUGCUGAACCUCAGGCCAAGGUCACACUGAACAUCUGUUCAAGGUGUGCCAGGCUUCAAGGAGACAACCUGGCAGAAAGAACAGAUGAGACAUCACAAAUACUUCAUUCUCCAGAUGAAAUAAUCCCGGAUUCUUCUAACUCUUUACCUGGGACUGAAGAAGCACUAAUGGAGGAGGGUGAAGAAUUUGAGAAAGCAUCUAAAUUAGUGGGACAUGGAGAAGCCCCCAGUGGAGGACAGUCAUUGAAAAACUACAUGGAAGAAGAUGAAUCUUUAAAGCAGUUGCAGGUGGUUCACCAACCAUGGAUCUUGCCAAGUGACACAGAAAGUGAAGGAGUGGAAACAGAGCAAGAGAAACGUUCUACUGAUCUUCUUCUUUGUGUUCCGUGUUCUUCUUGUCCUACUCUGGUCUACUCUGGUCUGUGAAACAGGCAGAGGUUGCAAGUGGUCCUUAAGGAAAUUGCAAUUAUUCAAAUCCUUAUGUAUAGUUCUAAUUUUAUUUAAUAUGUGUACUCAUUUAAAGAAUGGUUAUUUUUAUAAUAUCAAUGAUGAACACGCACUCUUGUAACCAGGGGCUGUCUAAGUGUGUAUCAGAGAACACUAACCCUGGCGAAGGAUUCUGGGGUGGUCAGGAUGCCUGCUGCCUCUUCACAUGAUUAGUGUUCUGGGUUUAGAUUGCUUUAUAUCUAGCGAUUAAGAUUACUAUUUGAUACAGUAAAUAUUGCCUGAUCCAAAUAACUUUGCGUAAAAUUUUUCGGUAUUUUAACUUGUCUGGGGUUUUCUAUUUCUUCUAUUUUUAUAAUAUUUUCUCAUUUUUAGAUUAAUAAACAUUAUACUUACCCACGUGUGCCAAGACAUGCCACUUAGGUAUCUCUGGGAGUUAGCUCCUGGGUGUCCCGACCUGCCCUGUGUGUCCUGUGCCACAGCGAGGAGUAUUCUCCACCACCGCUCCUUUCUGCAGUAUUGUCCCUGCUCUUAGCAAAACAAAUUAUUGAUAUGUUAACUCAAUAAAGCAGAUCAAUAGGAAUGGAAUGCAUGCCCCAAAGCAUACACAAUGAAAAUUGUUUGCCCCUUUACCCAAUUAUUGAACAGAAUUAAGACCAUCCAUUUUAAAUUUGAUAUAUGCUUGCUUUUGGAAUGUGUUGUGCAUUGAUGCUAAGUGAAUGGAUCUAAGUAAAUUUAUUCAGUAUCUCAA